CGAUAGAUCUAUCGUAUUUCUUUCACCACUACACCGCUUAUCUUUUGUGAUUCUUGUGGAUCAUUCAAAAGUGAUGUAUUGAAAUUUUAUUUUGGCUAAUUGUAUAUUAUUGUUCUAAGAUUAUUAACCAAUAAAUAGAAUAAGAAUAAUGGCUUUUCUACGAGGGUCGGUUAAUUACGUGUGGUGUACAACGAGUGUACUUGGAAAAGGGGCAACUGGGUCGGUUUACCAAGGAGUAAAUAAAAAUACGGGCGAAUCAGUUGCAGUAAAAACAUUUAAUCCUUACAGUCAUUUACGGCCACCAGAUGUGCAAAUGCGAGAGUUCGAAGCACUGAAAAAGUUACACCAUGAAAAUAUUGUUAAACUUCUGGCCAUCGAAGAAGAUCAAGAAGGCCGGGGUAAGGUAAUUGUCAUGGAAUUGUGUACCGGUGGAAGUCUUUUCAAUAUACUCGAUGACCCCGAAAAUUCUUAUGGAUUACCAGAGAAUGAAUUUCUUUUAGUGCUGGAACAUUUAUGUGCUGGCAUGAAGCAUUUGCGGGAUAAUAAUUUAGUACAUCGUGAUUUAAAACCGGGGAAUAUAAUGAAAUUCAUUUCUGAAGAUGGUCAAACCAUAUACAAGCUAACUGAUUUCGGUGCAGCCCGUGAAUUAGAUGAUAAUCAAGCGUUUGUGUCACUAUAUGGUACAGAGGAAUAUUUACAUCCUGAUAUGUACGAACGUGCUGUGCUGCGUAAACAAAUAAAUCGCUCAUUUACUGCAAAUGUGGACUUAUGGUCAAUCGGUGUCACUCUUUACCAUGUAGCAACUGGCAAUUUGCCUUUCCGCCCUUUUGGAGGUCGUAAAAAUCGCGAAACUAUGCACCAAAUUACCACAAAAAAGGCCUCCGGUGCAAUUUCAGGUACGCAACUUUCCGAAAAUGGACCAAUCGAGUGGUCAACUACGUUGCCUUCAUAUUGUCACUUGUCCGAAGGACUUAAGACGUUAGUGACACCACUACUGGCUGGCUUGUUGGAAAAAAACCGGGAGAAAACUUGGUCCUUUGAUCGUUUCUUCCAGGAAGUCACAUUAAUUUUGCGUAAAAUCGUUUUGCAUGUAUUUUUCACAAAUCGCACCAGUUCUGUUGAGGUCUAUCUUGAACCAGAUGAACAAAUUGACAACUUUCGUGAACGCGUCUUCCUGCAAACCGAAGUACCCAUAGAAAAACAAAUAUUGUUGUUCAAUAAUGAGCAUUUGGAAAGAAAAGUGACGUCCGCUUCCAUAUCUAAAGCCUUCCCCAAAACGACAACAGAAAAUCCAAUAUUCUUAUAUAGUAAUGAUGACAACAAUGUGCAACUGCCACAACAAUUGGAAUUACCUAAGUUUCCUGUAUUCCCAACUAACGUCUCAGUUGAAAAUGAUGCCAGCCUUGCUAAGGCUGCUUGUAGUGUUGGCCAUGAAUGCAAGCGACGUAUUGAUACUUUUUCAUCCAUGGAUAUUUUAAUGAAGCGUUCUGUAGAACAAUUCAUAGCAAUGUUAAUAACAACUAUAACUUUACUACUAAAAAAAACCAAACAUUUGGAGAAUUUACUCACAACCACACUUGAUUAUGCAGAUGCAGUUAAACGCAUUGGGAAUUUGACAAAAUCAGACAAUGAACUUAAACCAAUAGUUUCAACUCUGCAUGGUCUCAAACCCAACUUCGAUGAUGCUGCCGACGUUAUUAUGCAAAUGUAUAAACAUUUCGUCGCUGAAGAUGCUCUAAAUGACCAGUGGUCAUCUUCUAUGCACGGCAAGCGGUGCCCUUGUCGCACUAGAGCCAGCCCGCGUGCAAAGUACUUGGUGGAGCGGCUGCGUGAUUCCUGGCAACAUUUGCUGCGUGAUCGCGCAACGCGCACCCUCACAUACAAUGAUGAGCAAUUCCAUGCUUUGGAAAAGAUAAAAGUGUUUCGUAAUGGCGAUCGCAUCAAAGCAUUGCUAAUUGAUGACGUUAAACCCGCCGUAGCGCAAAUGGCCGAAUGUCUAGCCGAUUGGUAUAAAUUAGCGCAAACCGUCUAUCUUAAAACGCAAAUAUUGGAAAAGGACGUACGCGACUAUGAGUGUAAAUUAAAUGACUUGCGUGAUGAGUUGUAUCACUUGAAGUCGGAAAUGAAAGUUGAUGAAAAUACUAAAGCGACUACAAAUAAUAACAAAAAGUCAUCAAAGAACAUACAAAAAAGUAUUAUUAAGAAAAUGCACAAACAACAUGAAGAAGUGUUACAAAUAAUGGCUCAAAAUGCUAUGCUUAUUAAUCGCUUGAAGGAUUUGGGCAUUGAUUGUGGCGGCGUGAAGUAGUUUGAAACCGUGAAAAGUAAAACUUAAUAAGUAUUUUAUUUCAAAAAAACUGUGAAAAAACUACGGGUUUAUUGGAGGUUCUAUGAAUUUAUUGUUUUUACAUACGAAAAUCUAAACCUUUUUGUAUUAUAUUAUAUUUACAGUAAAUGACAAAAUAUUAUAUACAUUU